AUGCACGCGUCCACAAGCUUCUUGACAGCUAUGGCGCUGCUCUCCGGACUCGCUGCCGCGUUUCCCGGAGGUGCAGGCCGCGUUCGACGAGAGGCUGCAUCGCCCACCGACCUCUGGGUGACCGUUGGUCCGGAUGGAACGCCGAAGACAGUGACGCCAGUGCUUACGACCAUCAGCGGCACACCGACGGUCAUCUCGGGGGCACCGAACGAUCUCACGGCGACCGUCUUCACGAGGACAUCACAAGGUGAUGUCAGGACGAGCACAGGAGACGCCCCAAUUCCAACUGCCACAGACAAGGCCGGCGCGGGCUCGUUCUCUGUUUGUCACAACAAGGAUGGCGUGAACGCCCCCUUCUGCCAGCCAUCGGCGAACAGCACGUUGAAUCCAGGCAAAACCUACUAUAUCACCUGGGAUCCUACAUUCUUCUCCGCUGCAAAUACAUCGAUUCUCGUUCAAGGCGACUACAUCAACUCGACCACCGGCGAAAUCGAAACCCAAGCAUUCGCCUCCUCUAAGCUAUCUGCGGCAUGGGCAUUCUACGCCCUUGCCGUCGACACGCGACUCAUGCAAGGCAAGAAGUCCGUCAACAUCAGCCUGACCAUUGCCGCUCUUGCUCCCGGCGCCUCCACGAUGACUGCAUACACCGGCCCGACCAUCCGUAUAGCAGAGCCUCAGGCGUACCAGCAGGAGAAGACGAAGGCCCCGACCGGCCCCGCGCUGUACAUCGGCCUUCCCACCGUUCUCGGCUUCGUGGUGGUCUGCCUGAUUGGCACAUGCAUCUGGAACCGCAAGACACGCAAGAUCGCCCUAGGGAACAUUAUGGGCAAGGGGCGCGAUGGGUACGGGGUGGGCAAGAGCCGUGCGCGCCGCAUGGCCGGCGGAGGACGAAGCCGCCGCGAGAAGAAGGAGGCCAUCCAGCUAAUGAGCCGAGAGGUUCCGGCUGAACAGCAGUACCACGACGACUUCCAGGCGACGCGAGGCUCAGAGCACGACUGGGACGCUCAUAGCAGGAACGAGUUCGAGGGCCUGCCGAGGCGGGACAGCGAUGCGCUGGGCAGUUUGGCGGGAACCCCGACCGAGGACAGGCAUAUGGAGUUCCAGCGUCCCGGAAGGGGCAAUGCUUUCCGGGACGAGUUGAGCCGACAGGAACGUGAGAGAUCUUAA